GAGCAGAGGAAGAACACUCGGCACUUCCGGAGCCGCCGGAAGCGCCAGCGCCGACGCUCCUCCGCCGGCGGAGGGCCGGGUGGAGGGAUGGCGGGACGCGCGGCGCGGCUGCUGCUGCUGGCCGCGGCGGCCGCGCUGGCGAGCGGCUCCCAGGGCGACCGCGAGCCGGUGUACCGCGACUGUGUGCUGCGAUGCGAGGAGCGGAACUGCUCCGGGGGCGCGCUGAAGCACUUCCGCUCCCGCCAGCCAAUCUACAUGAGCCUGGCAGGCUGGAGCUGCCGUGACGACUGUAAAUAUGAGUGUAUGUGGGUCACUGUUCGCCUCUACCUCCAGGAAGGCCACCAAGUGCCUCAGUUCCAUGGCAAGUGGCCCUUCUCCCGGUUCCUGUUCUUCCAAGAGCCGGCCUCUGCCGCCGCCUCCUUCCUCAACGGCCUGGCCAGCCUGGUGAUGCUCUGCCGUUACCGCGCCUCGGUGCCUGCUGCCUCUCCGAUGUACCCCACCUGCGUGGCCUUUGCCUGGGUCUCCCUCAAUGCUUGGUUCUGGUCCACGGUCUUCCACACCCGGGACACGGAGCUCACUGAGAAAAUGGACUACUUCUGCGCCUCCACGGUCAUUCUGCACUCCAUCUACCUGUGCUGCCUCAGGACCGUGGGGCUGCAGUGGCCGGCGGCGGCCAGGUUCUUCCGCGCCUUUCUGCUACUCCUGCUGACCGCGCAUGUCUCCUACCUGGGCCUGGUGCGCUUUGACUACGGCUACAACCUGGCGGCCAACGUGGCCAUCGGCCUGGUGAACAUGAUGUGGUGGCUGAGCUGGGGCCUGCGGAACUGGCGCGCGCUGCCGCAUGCCCGCAAGUGCGUGGCCGUGGCGCUGCUGCUGCAGGCGCUGGCGCUGCUCGAGCUGCUGGACUUCCCGCCGCUCUUCUGGGUCCUGGACGCCCACGCCAUCUGGCACAUCAGCACCGUCCCUGUGCACGUCCUCUUCUUCAGCUUCCUGGAAGACGACAGCCUGUACCUGCUGAAGGAGGCGGAGGCCAAGGCCAAGCUGGACUGAAGAUCCUGGCAGCGGGCCUGCCUCCGGGGGGCUCCCGGCCCCUCCCUGCCAGCUCCCCUUCUCCCCCGAGUCUUGGAGAUGAGUCCCCUUUUUUUCCGCUUUUGCAUCUAGAACAUGGACAGGAGGGUGUGGGUCCAGCAUCAUGGAACCUGAUCAUGCACCCCGGCUCUCUCACUUGGGGGUUCUGGGGGCCUGCUCUCACUUGGGGGUUCUGGGGGCCUGACAUGGACCCCUGGGAUGAGAGAAUGAACUGGUGGGGGGGGGUGGCUCUGCAGCCUGGCAACCUGGAGGCACCUCCCCCAAGCACUUUGUACCCAUGGGCCAUUGGGGAGUUUGUGGGGUCAGUGACCCUCCUCUGUGGCACCAGCAGGUGGCAGUAGACAGCUGCCCAAGUUUCCAGAGCUCACGUACACACAGACACGCACACACUGUGGCAUCAUGAGGGGCCAGGCUACACCCAAGGUGGGUUUCACCCAGACUCUUGCCCAGAAAUGCACCCUCUGAGGCCUCCCACAAACCCCUCAGGGCCAGGACCCCCGAGAGCCCAGGACCGUAGUUGCACUGGCCCCUGUGUUGGGGGUCUGGGGUUUGGACAAGGCCAGACCCUAAGGUGCCGAGACAGUGGGGGUGCACAGACGCAUGGUCCCCAGGCUGGAGGGUGGGUGUGAGUGUUCGUGGUCUUGUGACAGGGACACAUGUCAGAUGAGUGCGCUGCGCGGGGGGAGGGCCUCGGUCUCCGCAGUAACUGCUUAUUGAUUCAUUGAACCCACUGACCUUGCACGAGAGCCCAGCGCUGUGACUGGCCGGCCUGGCGCCCGGUGUCCAGCAUGCCUGUGGGCACGGGCUGCAGGUCCGCCCCCUUCCAUUGCAAGCCCCCUCACCCCCUUGCCCUCUACAACUGAAUGUUGCCCUCAGGAACCAGCCCCUGUAGAGGCCGCAGGGGGUGGGGGAGACGAGAGUGAGGGUCCUCCAUUGCCCCACCAGCCCGCGUCCCCUGCCCAGACACGCUCCUGCCCCUCCCCGUGUCCCGCAUGCAAGGCCCUUUGCCUCAGCUGCACCUCAGGUUGGGGAUUCGCUGGGGGGUGGAGAGGGGGUGUCAAAUCUGCCCGGGUGGAGCUUGUGGUUGGGUCAGCUUCUGGCCUCCCGAGGCACGUGGAGCCCACACCUCCUGUCCUGGUGAAGGUAACCCCUGAGCACAUUCCUGCACCCCCCUCCCCAGGAUAGCACUGAAACCCCUCCAGGCAGCCUCUGGGAGGGCUCACUCCCCGCUCUGGACCCCCCUCAAAGGGCGCUAUAGGGGGGACUCCUCUGUCCUCAGGGAUUUGGGUGGCCUCUUCCUUUCUUUUGAUACUGAGAACUUUUUAGGGUGGGGGGUAGCCAGGGGCCUUCUUAAUAAACCAUUCUCA